AUGACACCCCGUCUCGGGACCCUCCGUACCACCCACCCGACCAGGACUCCACACAGGCCUCCCCACGGCGGCCUAAGAAGAGAACUCCACGGGGGACGGGCAGUGGUGGCGAAGGAGAGAGAGACCCAGGAUACAGGACAGGAGAGGCGGCCGAAGAGCCUCUGUGCUGAGCUCCCAAGGUUCUGUCACAUGCUGGCCAGACCAGCCCUGCUUAACUGCUGGGGUCAGAACCGGUCAGACGGUGGGCGCUGCAGCCCAGUCCUCGGGGGCACCGCGGAGUGGGCAGCAAGCUCGCCUGCCCGCCUGUGGACUAGGCCACCACCUCAGAUGGAGCAGCGUUGCACUCAGGUGCUGACGUCACCCAUUCACUGUGACGUCCUCCUUGGUCAGAGCCUGCUCACUGCCACCUGCCUUUCCCUUUUCAUCUCUUCAGAAUGUGCAGACGUGGCGAUCAGACACGACCUCCCAAGAGUGUUCACAGGAAACGGUGCCGCGCACGGGCAGAAGUGCCCGGGUGAGCAUCUGCCAUCAGACCCACGAACUGAGCUCCCUUUGUGCCGGGAAUGGGUCGUCUGCAGAAUGCAGAGGAGAGUCUGUGCCACACAGACCGAUGGUAAGAAGUUCACAGGAGUCUCGGCUCCUGGAAGCUGCCUGGGUCUGCUUAGUGGAGGCUCCAGGAGUGAAGCGGGCGACCACAGGAGCGGCGGCAGCAAACUGCAGCACAGCUCGCUGGCGAGGGUUCCUGGAGGACGCAACGGUGACAGAAGCUGGGUUUUCAAUGGCAACAAUGGCAUGAGCUGUCGACAGAAGUUUCUCCCAGGUUCUCUUCGGAUUCCUAAUGUAGACGCCCUCACUUUUCCUUCUGUAGAUGUACUGCUCCACUGGGAAGUAAAGACCCGGGGGCUACUUCUGCGCACGGGGGUGGUGCAUGUCGUCUCCCCUCCACGUCCUCCCCAGAGGGCAAGGGCUGGCGCCUGGCCACCAAGUCGCCCUGAGUUGGAGGGGGCCGUGGGGGGUCGGGGCUGGGCUUCAGAACAGCAGGUGCUGGGGAACACCUGCUACGUGAAUGCACUGCUGCACUGUCUGAGUCACACGCCACCCCUGGCCCGCUGGAAUGUGUCCCAGCAGCACGCCACCCUCUAUCCGGCCCGAACCUCCUGCACGCUCUGUGCUGGGCGAGCUCACGUGACCCGAGCCCUCCUUCACCCGGGAGAGGUGAUCCGGCCCCGCAAGGACCUGCCGGCGGGCUUCCACAGACACUAG